AUGUCCAGGGAAAAGAGUGUCAACGCUUCCACGUACUCCCAUAUAAUAGCUUUGAAAGAAAACGAAAAUUCUUUGCGCAAUAUAGAAAAGGCAACAGAUCCGAAUAUGACUAUGGAGAUGACACAGGGUGAACAAGGUGAACAAGGUGAACAGGGUGAACGAUCAAAAAAGGCUAUUGAUCUUCUCAAUCGAAUUCUGGGUCAAUCUCAACAGCACCAGAAUUUGCAGCAGCAAAAUUUUCCAAUAUCCAAACCAUCUAGAUCAUCAACAACAUCAUCAACAACAACAACAUCAUCAUCAUCACUGUUACCACCUCCACCACCACCACCACCACCACCACCACUACCGCUACCGUUACAUUCAACUCCUGCUUCUCCCUCUUCUUAUGACUCCUUACCUCCACCUCCACCUCCACCUCUACCCCCACCACCAGUGGAGCCGCUUGGUGAUUAUUAUAAGAAUGAACUGUUACGCAUACGGAAACAUUCCUCUAUUUCCGAGGCAGGACCUGCGAGUAAGCGUCAAAAAAUUCAUUUAGCAGAUCAUAUGAAACAAAACGGAAAUAAACUUAAUACUCAUGGCGGUAACCAAAGUAAUAAUUCAAACACUACGUCAUAUCAUAGUAACUUGCAAACAUUCACUACUAAACAGGAUGAGACCGACUCUAGAAAACAUUUAUCCGUUUCUAAGAUGAAAAGAUCAAUGUCUAGUCUACAAAGAUUACCAAGUAACAAGUCGAGUCAUUCUGAAAGGGAUAAAAUGCAUAAUACAUUUAAACAAUCUAAACCUGCUUUAUUCAAAAACCAAAGGUUGGUGGAAAUUGAGACACCACCAUCUCAUGCUAAGGAGUAUACAUCAAUGCGGAAGAAACAAACUAGUGGUUUAGAGCAGAGCACCAGAUUGGCCACAGAGGUAAACAAUGACUUACGCACGGAAUCAAGUACGCACAAGUUUAUCAAAGGACCAGGAUCUUCCAAUAAUGUAAAAGGUCGAACACGGAAAAAGUCGAAUAAUGAUUCAUACAGCUCAGCAACCGUAGAAUAUAUGCUUGCCACUGGCAAAUCAACGGAUGAAUUGAAAGUCUCUUAUUUUCUACAAGAAUCAACCAAGUUUAUACACGCUGCCCAUGAACACUUAGCUUACUAUCACGAAAAGAUCAACCUUGAAAAUUAUUGGAAACUAAUCAAGGCGGCUAUUAGAUGCCUAUUACUUGUGUUGAAAAAAUACAACCGUUCAAUGACUGAUUUUCAAAAAGUGUCUGCAAUUUAUAGUCUCGCAUGGAUUUACUCAGAGGAAACGGAAAAUUUUGACAAGGCACAAGAAUAUGCAAACAAGGCUAUUCAAAUAUGUCGAAGCCAAGGACCAUCCAUGAUCAAGUACGAGUUUUAUUGUCAGUUGCUCCUAAUACUGAUUAUUGUGAAAACAGGUGGCACGGCAAGUGCUCUCGACUACUUAGCAGAGAUCACAAACUUGUAUGAGACAAGGGGAAAACAAGAAUUUGUCGAUUGCUUGUUAUUGAUGCGAAUUCAUUAUUUAUUGGCAACCGAUUACUCCAUUGCCUUGGUGAAUUUGCAAAGGAUGCUCAAGAGGCAAAACAAAAUGCAUCCUAUUUUAUAUACCGUUGCUUCUAUUUACCUUGCAGGACUUUUAACGUACAGAGGUGACCCAAAAAAUGCGAUUAUGGUCUUGACUAAUAUCAAAUACAAUUUUGAACCAAAUAGCCCCUUGCAUGCACUUUUUCUUUUAAAUAAACUUUUAGCUGUUAUGUGUACUAAUGAUUAUUAUGGUGCAACAAAAGUUAUGUCUAAGUUGUACGACUUGAAGAACAGAUCCGAUGCAUUGAAAUGGAGAAACUGGCAUCCAGAUGGAGACAUUGAGCUAAAUAUAACUGAACGAGACGAGACAAACUUUAAUUCCAACUUUAACUCUGGAUUUAAGUUUAUUGUUCCUUGGCUUAGAGUAAAUGAUUUACUAGCUGUGGCUUAUUUUAUCAACGGAUUAAUGUUCAUUGGCCAUAAGCGGGACUACGCUGAAAAGAAUUUUCAUAGAGCAACUCGACAAUUAGAGCGUGUUAAAGAAGACUUGAAGAGUAACAGAAACCCAUCUUUUACAGUUCAAACCCUUAAGGAACAGUACGUGAAAGUCAGGUACUUUAAAUUUAUCAUACGAUACUAUCUUCAAUAUCAUGCUUUUGUUGUCGAUAAUUGGGAUGCAACUUGUUUAAAUGAGUUUACAACGGUUGCUAGAAAUGCUUUAGAGUCAAAAAUGGAACACACUUGUUUAAAAGUGCAGCACCCACUUGUGUAUUAUUUGCAAGCUCUCUGGUAUUUGAAAAAGGGCGAUAUCCAAGCCGCUAAGUAUCAUUUCGUUAAAGUUCGAAACCUUACGAGAGACGUAUGUUUGGAAGACGAGAAACAAGCAUUGCAACAAAUGCGUUGUGGGGUAGGUUGUGAGUCAUUUAUGCCACAAGGUAAAUUUAACGAGUUGUACUUGUAUUCAAGUUUGCAUUUGGUUAUUUUGUUGGAGUACGAAGUCGCCGAUAUCAUGAGACAGGGCGAUAAACAGCUACGGACAUUUUGCGAUAAACUUAUUGGAUUGAGAAAUAGUAUCGCAGACGAAAUAGAAUUGGCAAAAGGCGGCAGUAAAGGCAAAGGCAAAAGCUCUGACAUGUUCCAAGCAAACUUUAUGAUGACCAAUACCCUUGCAUUGAUGACUACUGACCUCAUUUUGUGCAUUUUACAAGACACGAGCAACAUUAUUCCGUCGAAUGAAUUGAGAAAGAUGCUUACUGCAAUUUCACACAAAAGUGCGUUCUAUUUCAUUUAUUUCUUAAUAACUUUUGCGUUAGCAACGGAAAUGGUUGCUUCAGUAGAUCAAGAAACGAUUUUACACGAAGGUAUGAGAGUCCUUCCACCAUCGCAAACCAAGGUCAUAGAAGAGAAUGACGAGAAUUUACAACAAUCGGAAUCAUCUCCAAGUUCCGUUACCACCACCAUCGGUACCAGCACCAGUACCAGCACCAGCACCAAAAACAACGUUGGCGCUAAUGAAACCUCUUCUAUUUCACAAUCUUUUUCAAAAUCUGAAACUGCUGAUAGUUGUCGUGUAUUUCUCCUUCGCAGUAUCCAUGUGAUUAUGAUGCAAAACGGAGAACAUUAUAAAGCUGAAACGACUCAAUUACUGAUUGAUAGGCUAUCCAAGCUUUUAUCACAUCGGUAUGAAUAUUUACGAAAAAAUGUGGUGAAAGAUCCUUUUUUCAAGCUGCUUGUGGAGAAAUCAAAGAGAAGAUACACUGAACGCACAGAACAAGCUAAACAGAUAAAAUCAGCAAAGCAGGCCAAUCAAGGCAAUAUACGUGCAUAA